UACAUUUAGAUUUGAAUCUGAUCGAUUGCAUAUUUUCAGAUUAAACCCACUUUAUUCUGCACAUGCAUUGUAUAGAUAUUCCUCCACUUAUUUAUUUGCAUUUGGUUAUUGCUUUUGGUUGUGUAACAAUGCUGACAAACAAAACCUCUCUAGUUCACACGCUUCUACUGACAAUUGCAUAUUACCAGAAUGUCAAUUGCCUGGUAAUUCAUCAUCGGAAAAGAGAUACUAUGCAGGAUAUGAUUUUCUAGUUGAAGAGUUUGAAGUUUAUAAAAUUAUGGACUACUAAUUUAUGUUAUUGCUCACCUUUAAUGAUUGGGAUAAUGAAAAUGUUUGGCUAACGAAAAGAAUCACUAUUGGUAUUAUUUGCUGGAUAAGUUUACAAUAACAUUUUUAAAUAGGUCCAUAUUUGGAGAGUGUAAUUUCAAAACUACCUCCGGGCCAAAAUUGGAGAAAAAACCAACACACAAAAAACAACUAGAAUUGCAUGCGAAAAUUGUGUUUAUAAUAUUUAUAUUGCAAAAACAAUAUGUAUACAACAAUACUAUCAUCAAACUCUUCCCUCGGAAAUCAAUCAUCAUUAUAUAUCGGAAACUGUUUACUGGUUGACCCAGAUGGUUAUCCCUAUAUUGAAUGGAUGUAUAGCAUAAUGGGAGAGUGUGUUCAUUCACCAUUGGAACAGAGUUCAUUCUACGUUGGAUUGGGAAGUAUAGUCCUCUAUUUAUUUGGAGGUAUUCCACAGAUUGUUCAGAAUUUUAUAAAGCAUCAUGCUGAUGGAUUGUCGCCUUGGACAUUGGCUCAGUGGAUGGUAGGGGAUGGCAGUAAUUUGUUGGGUGCAGUUCUGACAGGACAAUUAUUCACACAGAUAUUGUUGGCUGUUUACUUUGUUUUGGUGGAUAUCAUUCUUAUUGGACAAUAUCACCAUCAUGAAGAAACAAUUCAUGAAGAUACUAAUGCUGCAAAACUCAAUUCUCCUCUCAAUAUUUCAAUUCUAUUGGUUUUGAUUGCAUUUUUCUGUAUUUUUCAAAUUAUCAACACAGCUCAAUUGAAUCCAAAUCUAAUUGGUGCCGAGUUCACAAAUCAAAGAGUUGGCAGGAAAUUGCUUACCAUUCAAGAAGAGAAGGAUCACAAUAGUGUUGAAUUUCCUCCAACUUCUGCCAAAUCAAUCAUUGGAUAUGUUAUUGGAUGUAUUGCAACUGUUUCCUACCUUGGUUCGAGGAUUGCACAAACAUUCAAAAAUUUUAAAAGAGGGAGUACCGAAGGAAUGAAUCCAAUUUUAUUCCUUUGUUCUGUAUCAGGAAAUAUACUCUAUUCGCUCUCGAUAUUCUUGUUUUCAGUGGAUAGCUCAUUCUUAAUGUACAAAAUUCCGUGGUUAUGUAGCAGUUUGGGUAAUAUUACUCUUGAUACAGUCAUAUUAUCUCAAUACACUUUCUAUACAUUUAUCAAAAAACAUAUCAAAGCAGGAAAAUCCUCUAAGGGAAAUCAAUCAAAUAAGGUUUAACAUGGUAAUUCAACAUGGAUGGUUACAUUGAAGUAGGAUAAGGUCUAUCAUAAAUUACUGCUUCUGGUUGUUCAAUUGAAGAAGAUGUAGUGGUUGGCUGUAUUGGUAAUGAUUGAUUUUUCUCGCUUCUAGGGGAAACUAUACCUUCUUUAAGCACCUCACUGGAUUUGUGUAACUCUUCAAUUGCAUUAUUGACUUCAUCUAUUGAGGUUCCCGAGGAGGAGGAGGAGGAACUUGAGGAGGAGCUACUAUCAUGAUUGGUUUCGACCACAGCUGCCGUAGCUGGUACUGUCACUGGUAUAAUUGGUUCACAAGGAAUAAUAUUACUAUUAUUAUUAGUAUUUUUAGUUGUGCCAACUUUGUUCCUCUUAAGGUUCAAACUAGAGGGCAGAUAAUGAUGUAAGAAUAGUAGUUUCCCACCCUCUCUGCUUUGAAGAGUUUCAUAAACCAAACACAUAAAAUAUCCAAUCGAAAGGGAAAUGAAGAAUACACCUAUCACAAUACCAGAUACACCUAGUCCAAUAACGUGAUCCAACAUAUCUGGUGCCAAUACAAUUUCCAUGUUUGGACAAGUUUUAAGAUAUUCAAUCACACCCCUAUGUCCUCCAUCAACAUUUUCCCAAGGAAUAUUUCUAUUCAAUCUUUCACCAUUAAUUCUAAUGUCAUUGUAGAAAUUUUGAGUUGUUACUUUGAAAUCAUCAGACAAGGAACAUUUCAUACCCAAUGGAUUAAUCUGCUCUGAGGUCAUGUUAUUCAAGCAACAAAUACGGAAUGAUGUUGAGCUAGAUAGUUUCGAUGGCUUAAAUUUUAUACCAUCUGGACCGACCAUAUUAGAGGUCAUGUAGAGACUCUCAGUAAUUUCUCUCAAAAUAUCUCCAUAGACGGCAACAAAUGAUACAAAACUCAAAAGACCUAUCAAAAAUGUUAAUAUACAAUUGAAUACAAUAGCAUAUCUAUAAUUGCCAGCAAAAGUAAAUAGUUGAUAAAUACACUAG